CAUGAAAAAUAUUUUUUAACACAAUAUUCAUUUUAGUGUACUUUUUAUUCAAGUAUAUAAAUAGUUAUUCGUACAUAAACUUCUGUAAUAUCUGAAGUAAUAGCAGUCCUCCAAAUGCAUAUGUUUUCAUUGCUUGGUCGUUCACAGCGUGGUAGUUUGUCGUAUUCAAAGAUGCGAGUGAUCUGUAAAAGAUUGAAUGGAUCAAGAAUGUGUUUCAGUUCUUCGUCUUCAUUUUUCUCGAACAAAGAAAAACUAGAAAUGUCUGAGUUUCCACCUGAAAGGAUAAGAAACUUCAGUAUUGUCGCACAUGUUGAUCAUGGGAAAAGUACAUUAGCAGAUAGAAUAUUAGAGAUGACAGGUACCAUAUCUAAGAGUACUGAAAAUAAGCAAGUUCUAGAUAAACUACAAGUAGAAAGAGAAAGAGGGAUUACCGUCAAGGCACAGACCGCUUCAUUAUUUCAUAAGCACAAAGGACAAACUUAUCUUCUUAACCUGAUUGACACUCCAGGCCAUGUAGAUUUCAGUUACGAGGUGUCAAGGUCCUUAGCUGCCUGUCAAGGUGUGGUUCUCUUGGUUGAUGCAGCUCAGGGUGUUCAAGCUCAAACAGUGUCCAACUUUUUUUUGGCAUUUAAUGCUGAUCUUAAGAUUAUUCCCGUAAUGAACAAGAUUGAUCUCAAGAAUGCCAACCCUCAGCAAGUGUCUUUACAAAUGGAAAAACUCUUUGACAUCAACCCUGGAGAUAUCUUGAAGUUGUCUGCCAAACAAGGUGUUGGAGUUGAUAAACUACUUAAAGAUAUUGUGGAAAAACUACCAAGUCCAAAUGGUGAUCUCCACAAACCUAUGUCUGCUCUUUUAUUUGACUCCUGGUAUGAUCAGUAUAAAGGAGUCAUCUGUCUUGUUGCUGUUCUUAAUGGAUGCCUAAAGAAAGGUGAUGAGGUGAAGUCAUUGCAUUCUGGACAGGUUUAUGAAGUAUCUGACCUUGGUAUAAUGCACCCUAAUGAGUGUUCUACUAAUGCCUUGUAUGCUGGACAAGUUGGUUUUGUGAUCACUGGUAUGAGGAACAGAAAGGAAGCUCAAGUGGGCGAUACGUUUUGCCAUGUGCASUCCAAAGUUGAUCCAUUCCCUGGAUUCAAGCCUUCUAUUCCAAUGGUGUUUGCUGGAGUAUACCCUGUUGACAUGUCACAAUAUGUUUCACUGAGAAAUGCCAUUGAAAAACUUACAUUAAAUGAUGCUAGCGUAACUAGACACCCUGACAGCUGUUUAGCACUGGGUCAAGGAUGGAGACUAGGGUUUCUUGGUCUUCUACACAUGGAUGUGUUUAAACAAAGGUUGGAACAGGAAUAUGACACAACAAUCAUUAUUACUACUCCAAGUGUUCCCUAUAAAGCCAUCUUGAAAGGUCAAGAACAGAAAGAAGUAGAAAUUCUUAAUCCAUUAGAGCUUCCUGAUCCCUCAAAGGUGGAGGAAUAUAAAGAGCCAUAUGUGCUGGGUACCCUUGUGUUCCCAGAAGAAUACAUGGGAAAAAUGAUAACACUGUGCCAGUCCAGAAGAGGAGAACAGUUAGACGUUGUUUACAUCGAUGAGAAUCGUGUGAUGUUGAAGUACAUGAUUCCCUUGUCUGAGAUCAUCAUUGAUUUUUAUGAUGAGUUGAAAUCCUUGUCAUCAGGAUAUGCAAGCUUUGAUUAUGAAGACUAUGGUUAUCGAAAAACGAAUAUUGCAAAGAUGGACAUUCUUAUCAAUGGCAAAUCUGUGGAUGCGCUCAGUUGUAUCGUUCAUAAUGACAAAGCAGUGAGCACUGGACGAAGUCUGUGUGUCAAACUUCGUGACAUCAUACCAAGACAACUAUUUGAAGUGGUCCUACAGGCGUCUAUUCGAGGGAGAGUAAUUGCUCGAGAAUCGAUAAGACCUUUGAGGAAAGAUGUUACAGCAAAAUGCUAUGGAGGCGACAUGUCCCGCAAAAGAAAAUUACUGGAUCGACAAAAAGAGGGAAAACAAAGAAUGAAAAGAAUAGGAAAAAUAGACUUGCCUCAUGAAGCAUUCUUGACUGUAAUGAAGAGAUAAAGCAUUGAAAAGGGUAGGAAUCUUUACAAAUUARUUAAGUAAAAUAUUCUUCAAUUUUAAUUUUUACGAUUCAACAAUAUCGUUACGAACACCACCUAAUUUGAAACUCAGGAAUUUGCUUUCUAGUCCGAUAUCCCGCGGGAAACGGGACUCGGUUUCGGUCAUGUUCUAAUCACAGUAGAGGGGGGAGAGGGGCUCACCCAAGGUAAACGUGAAGGAUGAAAAAUAAAUUUUAAAAAAUCCGAAAACUCGCCCGUUAAUAACUUAUUGAAUGUUUGUAUUUCGAAAUGGUUUGAUAUUAAAGCGAACGGGUAAAACAAAGAAAAAUGGGUAAGGAAUGAAAUACACGCGAGGGUAUUGUAUGCAGUUAUGAAGCACGCGGGGAAUGACAUAACAUAGGAGAAGUGUUGAGUUUCGUUUUGAAUUAAUAUUUUUCGCUACCCUAGUACCCAAGAAUGCCUAGAAUACGGGGGAAGCAUGCUCCCAUGACCCCCUCCCUCCUGAGAAACUUACGCCUUUGUUUUCGGUGCGCAGCAUAUUUGCUUCUGAACAACAUUUGAAAUUCUAAAUAAAUAUUAUGAAUUGG